AUGCCUCCCAAAAGCAAGUCAGUUUCGUCCGAGGUGAAACAGCAAUUGAUACUCAAUUACAUACGCUCGACAUGUGCUUGCCACACCCUCAAGGACUUGGAGAAGAUGCUCCCUUCUGUUGCCAGCAUCAAUAGCAUCCAAGUCAAGGAGUUCAUUACUGGGCUGGUCAACGACAACAAAAUUCGCAUGGAGAAGAUUGGCAGCAACAACUGGUAUUGGAGUUUUCCGAGUGACGAGCGGCGCGAGCGCGAGAACAUGAAAGAGAGAACGCUCCGAGAAAUGAAUCGAGUGGCAAAACUGGUGGAGCAGCUAGAGGACGAAGUAGAAAAGAAGGAGGCUGCAGCCCAAGAGGAUGAGGGUUUCCAUCAUGAUCCUGCAGUCAUUCAAGCGGAGAGAGAGGACUUGAUGAAGCGUAAGGCUGAGCUGGGUGCUGAAGUAGAGCGGCUCCGGGCAGAAAAGAGUGCCUUUGAAGCCAACGAUUUCACAAGCAUUAAACGAAAAACCGAGGAUAUCGCCAAAUGGAAGCUGGAAGCCAUGAUGUGGGCAGAUAAUAUUGACAUCAUGGAACAAUAUCUUAAUAAGCUUGCUAGUGGAGAUCGUGAACUGGUCCAGGCAGUCAAGAAACAGUGCUACGGUGAGGACUAUGUGGAUGGCGAUGACUUAUGA